AUGCAAAUGCGGGCGAUUCUCAUACUUGUCGUCGUGCUUGCCGACGUGGAUGCGACAUGCGAGGUUCGGGGAGUGUGCCCCACACACACCAAUGAAUCAGAAGAUCUUGCCUUCUUGCAAACCCGGCAAGGGAAAGAUGCAGCGCAGGAUCUGCAGGCGACGCCAGCCGCAAAGAAAAGUUGGUGGCGGAGGCGGAGGCGACAUGCACAGUACCGUCCGUACUACUACCACUACGGCCGCUACUACAACCGCUAUGGUCCCAAGACGACGACAACGACGGUCAGGACCACAACCUCCACAGCAUCUGCCGCGCCCACCACUACAAUGUCACCGGCGCCUACCACGACAUCGCCGUCCCCUACCACGACAUCGCCCGCGCCUACGACAAGUACGACAUCUGAGCCCUUCAGCAGUGUCAGCGCCCUCAUACUGCUGGAGGCCAGGGAUGACAGCGACGUCUCUCUCAUGUCCAUGCAAUCAUCGGUGUCCAGUGGCCAGCCGGAGCCGGGUUCACCGUGGCCAUGUGCAGUCACAGAGCGUGGCAGAGAGAUCGGGUCCAACGUCGGCAACCUCCCACAAUGGGGAAGAACGGGGCCGAUCGGUCUCGCCAAAAGCCGGAAGAAUCCUGGCUGGUGGGUGCUGCCCCCCGUGGGCGCCUUUGGCAACGAGGAUCUCGUUACGUUCUUCGGUUCGAGCUUGUUCCUCACAUUCACAGCGGAGAUACUCACUUUACUUCCCUUAGACGAACUUUUCCUCCAGAUCCCAAUGCCAGAACCCAUCUCCUGGUCAGACUUGGCCAUCGGCCCCGGCCCGGACCCCGAAAUCUCCUACCUCUUCAUUCUGGACGGGGGGCCACACAGAGGGCCGGCUCAGGAGGCUCGCAGCAGCGUGGUCAUCACCAGGGUGUCCGAGAUCUUCGCAGACAAGAGCGACUUCGCAAACAUGACCAUGGAGGUCUUCACGGUGAACUAUCCCGAUGGAGGCGCCUUCAUAUCCAAUGCGAUCUUCGUUGACCAGGGUUCCCCGGCAGAGGUUCUUGGUACGUCUGGGCGCGUUUACAUCAUCACAAGAUCGGUUGAGAGAGACGGCGCCGGUGGAGGCCAGCUCUUCUUUGUGGACUUGCCCAGCGUUGUUACCCCAACGGCCAUUUUGGAGUUCACAGAUACCGGCGUCAACCUCGGAAUCGUCGAUCUAGUAGCUGCGGAUAUAACUUCGGACGGCAAUCUUAUUGGAGCACGCAGUCUUGUUUUCCGCACCUUCUUUUGGACCCGGCCUUGUGAAACGGUUGAGCAAAGCAUGGCUCAACUGUCCUGCCCCGGAGACUAUCUGCCACGAAGCCGACACCCGGAAGGUUUUUUUCCAUGGUUUGGCGAUACCUUUGCCUUUGGCACAUCCGAGUCCGAGUACGAUUACUUCAUGUAUGGCGUUUCCUUGGAAGGAGCAAAUGUAGUGCAAUUUGCUACAUUCUACAAGCUCCCUGCCACUCCGAGCAACCCGCAUCAAUCCUGUGUGCUGCCACAGACAACCCCGUCUCCAGAUCCCAACGCCAUCGAGAUUCUGCUCAGCAACGGAAGUGGCCAGGAGCAGUUGGUGAGUUGGUACGCCAACUACGUCAGUGUGCCGGUAAGCUCGGUCACUCUUCGGAAUCCACCCGGGGUUGCCUUCGACUUAAACUUAUUGCAGCUGGAUGCUGGAGAGGUCAUCUACUACGAGGCAGAGAAUCGCAAUCUGACCUGCUUCGAUCCGGACUUCUUGCGGACCCUCCUGCUGAACAUGCGCUUUGAUGUCACACUUCCCGCGAGCGAUGAGGCUCGGGUUGUCGCUGCCGUUGCCCAGCUCGUGAGCAAUCCAGAGGCUUUUGUGGAGGCUUUCCUUGCGGUCCUGCCGACGUUCUUCCCAGGCAUCCAACAGGAAAUCUGCAACGGAACGGUCACGUCUGUCAGUGCGGUCUUGCAGCCAACAACGACCACCACAACCACGACAACGACGGUGCCGUGGGACUUGCCGUGGGGCUCCUCGCAGCUAAGGCCGACACCACCCCGGCGCCUUGCCAUGCUGUCCUACACGAGCUCGCCAUCAGAGUUCGUCCGCUUCGGAGGCGUUCUGACAGACGAGGUCUUGCUCUACAGGCCACGGCUCGGACCUCUAAAUUGGACCGAUGUCACGCCCGCGGUGUCGGGUCCAGGCCCAAGGUUUGAGGGCACCUUUGCUUAUUCGCCAGAUGUUGGUGGCUCCCUGGUUUUUGGAGGAAGACGCAUCGUGGGGAACGCCAUCUCCAACUAUGCUCCGAACAAUGUGUAUUUGCUCACGGGUACAGGCUUGAACUACUCGUGGACAGAGGUGGCCCCAGCUGCGGCUCCGUCUGCACCCAGCCAGCGUCGCUUUCACACAGCAGUGGUAGUCCAAAAGGAUGGCGCCUACAUGAUGCUGAUCUACGGUGGAAAUCGCCAAAACUCCAACUUUGGAGGUUUGUAUGCAUUCUUUCUCGGCAACAGCACAUGGCGACAGCUCCAGCCGGACAAUGUGGGGCCGCCAAACUAUCCUGCGCCCCGCUGGGGGCACUCAGCCGUCCUGGUCCCUGAGAGCUACCGCAUGAUCGUCUUCGCAGGAAGGGUCCAAGGGGUAUCCACGAACGAGCUCUGGGCCUACGACAUCGGCGACAGUUUAUGGACCCAGCUGACUCCCGCAACGCAAGGAAAUAAUGGCUGGCCAGAAGUCCGCUACGGGCAAAUCGCCGUUUGGGGAAGCCAGGGUCGGGCGAUGAUUGUGGCAAGUGGUCGGCGGCCUGUCGGCACAUCGCCUACUACCCCGCGUUUCUGGCAGUGGUAUGAGUUCCCAGAUCUGAACGGGACCUGGGUUCAGUUCGAGUAUCGCCCGGACCCGGACAACGAGGUCUCAGGCAGUGGGGUCUGGGACACUCAGAACCAGACGAUGUACUACGGCUUCCAGAAUGGAGCCGAUAUCCUCUGGACGCGAGUUUUGGAGUGA